CAUAUCCUCUCAUCCAAGCAUCAAAAUUUAAGUUUUUGUAGUAUUGUUAGCAUAGUUUUUUUUAAAUUGAAAUUGCAUUUAUAUUUUAUAUUCGGAAUAUAGCAAUAAAUUAUUUUGUAGGGUAAUGUAUAACAUUUUCUCUAAUAAUUACAAUAUUACGGGUUCAAUUACAAAGAGUCACCACCCCAAAAAAAAACUCAAACUACUUUUUAGAGGAUAAUAGUUACCCUCCCCAAAUUUAGGAGUGUCCCGAGCAAAUCUAAAGAAUCAUGAAUUUACCUCUAUCCCAAAGUCAAACUACUAACAAGGAAUCGAUCAUUUUCCCACAAAUUCAAUCUCUCGCUCCUUAACAUGAUUUUGUUACAAGUUACAACCCGUCACUCUUUUGACUAACUUAUAAUAAUUCUAGAAUACUUCGAUGAUCAACUUGAUUUCUUUGAUCAAGGACAUUUAUAAUGUACCUCAAACGUUCUAGUGGUGAGUAAAGGAUCCUUAAUUUGAAGUGAAAAGUUUGGUUUAUUUGUUAAAGGGCUAGCUCAGGUAGAUGACGACCUCAUUAAGCUUUUGUGCCAGGUCGAUUCCUAAAUAAACAAGAAAAAGCAUAGGUCAACACCGAUCUACGCCACUAAUCCCAAACUGCAUGUUGUACCUCCAUAGUCAAAUGUGUUCACAAUUGCAAAAUUUGCGAGGAGUAUUAAGACGAGAACAAACUUCAGUCAUGAGUUCACAAUAUCAAUAAAGUUCAGGUACCAAUAAGUUAUUUGCUUCAUUGAUUAUCAAAUGGGCCGGGCCGUUAGUCACAGUGAGGAAAAAAAUUGCUCUUACUGACUUCGAAAUUUUGGAAAAGCUGCUUCUGUUUCUGCCACUCACGUGCCCCGGUCGUAGGAUCACGUGAUCCCAGCUUCCACUUUCAUGUGGUUGCUGCACUCAGUCGAGAUCUCGCUCGUCUCCCUGACGACUCCGCCGGCCAAACUUUUCCACCUGAAUCCAGAUGCUCACGGCGCGUCACUAUCACUCUCCUCCCCCUCGCGAGUGAGCUUCCCAAUGGACAACUAUCCCCUUCUCCCGUAACCGGAUCACAGCCAGUAGCCAGUCACACAACAGGGGGAAAAAAAGGCGGAUAAAUAAUUUUCGAAAAAGAAUUCAAAAUUCAAAUUCCCCCGAAAAAUAACCAAACGUCCGUCACGGCGUCAUAUCCUGGCCCCACUAAACCCCUUCUCCGUCUCCCUGACUAUAUAGCUCAUUCAUCUGCCGCUCCGCUAUUUUCCACUCACAGAGCUCUAUCUCACAGAACAAGCAAAAAGACUCACCCUCUCUCUCUCUCUUUCUGCUUUUCUGUGAGAUUUCUGUUUUCACCGGCGAAGAUGCGUGAAAUCCUCCACAUCCAGGGCGGCCAGUGUGGCAACCAGAUCGGAGCUAAGUUCUGGGAGGUCGUCUGCGCCGAGCAUGGCAUCGACAGCACCGGGAGGUACCAGGGUAACACCGAUAUGCAGCUCGAGCGGGUGAACGUCUACUACAACGAGGCGAGUUGCGGGAGGUUCGUCCCCCGUGCGGUGCUCAUGGAUCUGGAGCCUGGCACCAUGGACAGCGUCAGAUCUGGUCCCUACGGCCAGAUUUUCCGUCCUGACAACUUCGUCUUCGGCCAGUCCGGCGCCGGGAACAACUGGGCCAAGGGACACUACACUGAAGGUGCUGAGCUCAUCGACUCGGUGCUCGAUGUUGUGAGGAAGGAAGCAGAGAAUUGUGACUGCUUGCAAGGUUUCCAGGUUUGCCACUCUUUGGGUGGUGGUACUGGUUCUGGUAUGGGGACUCUCUUGAUCUCCAAGAUCAGGGAGGAGUAUCCUGAUCGUAUGAUGCUCACUUUCUCCGUCUUCCCCUCGCCUAAGGUGUCCGACACUGUUGUUGAGCCCUACAAUGCAACUCUCUCAGUUCACCAGCUUGUUGAGAAUGCAGAUGAGUGCAUGGUCCUGGAUAAUGAAGCUCUAUAUGACAUCUGCUUCCGUACUCUUAAACUCACCACUCCCAGCUUUGGAGACCUGAAUCACUUGAUCUCUGCCACCAUGAGUGGAGUCACCUGCUGCCUUCGUUUCCCGGGUCAGCUCAACUCGGACCUCCGCAAGCUUGCAGUCAACCUCAUCCCGUUCCCUCGCCUCCACUUCUUCAUGGUUGGGUUCGCUCCCCUCACCUCGCGUGGCUCGCAGCAGUACCGUGCCCUGACAGUCCCAGAGCUGACUCAGCAAAUGUGGGAUGCCAAGAACAUGAUGUGCGCUGCUGAUCCACGCCAUGGUAGGUAUCUCACUGCCUCUGCCAUGUUCCGUGGCAAGAUGAGCACCAAGGAAGUAGAUGAGCAGAUGAUCAACGUCCAGAACAAGAACUCAUCAUACUUCGUCGAGUGGAUCCCCAACAACGUGAAGUCCACCGUCUGUGACAUCCCUCCCACGGGUUUGAAGAUGGCUUCGACUUUCAUCGGCAACUCGACAUCGAUCCAGGAGAUGUUCCGCAGGGUGAGUGAGCAGUUCACUGCCAUGUUCAGGAGGAAGGCUUUCUUGCAUUGGUACACCGGGGAAGGCAUGGACGAGAUGGAGUUCACCGAGGCCGAGAGCAACAUGAAUGAUUUGGUGUCUGAGUAUCAGCAGUACCAGGAUGCAACGGCUGAUGAAGAAGGGUAUGAGGAUUAUGAGGAAGACGAGGAAGCUUUAGGCGACGCUUGAUAAAGAUACAAGAAAGGAUGGUAUAGUAAUAGCCUGGGGGUGCAGGGUCAAGUGUUUUUUGCUGUUUGCUACAAUCUAUGUUGUGCUUCUUCUUUUUUGUCGCUUGUGUUUUUGACUGUUCUGAGUUCCUGAAUGCCUUGUUUGGGUGGAGUUCCUUAUCUCUCUCUGCUUAUAGUGCGAGUUUGUGUGUUUAUGGGACGGUAGGGUUUAGUGGUUUUUCCUGCGGGUUAAGUGCACAAUAUAUCAUGGUUGGUCUAGUAGCUUUACAGAAAUGAAACCUGUUAUCAACUAAUUCGGUUGACCUUUGUGUGUGGUUUUUUGCUAGGACUUGAUAAUGCUUUUAAUUGUGGUUUAACUAUGAUUCAUUGUAGACAACGAGGUGUGACGAUUGCUACAUUCUAUCCCAAUUUUACUCCGAAUCAUUCCAGAAUUUUGCCAUUAACCUCAAUGGUUUAGUUUUUACAGCGUGAUCUGCAUUCGCGAUCGAGUAGGAUCAUCACUGUGAGUUCAGACAGUACACAAACAUUUUCUUUUGUUCUUCUGGCUCUUUUUUGACGAUUUGAGAGUUUUAGACUGCAAAGGGAAUAUUCACCUGCACGGGAUAAGACACAGCUCCAAAGGCAUCGGAAAGAGACGUUCAUCGGAUAAAUCAAGAAUCCAAGAUCUAAGCCCACGUAAAUGUAUUGGGUCGGCCCAUUACACCACUUACAGAAAAGCCCAGAGACAACUUAACUCUCACUCUCACCUGCCUUCCCUUCGCGAGUGAGCUUGCUAGCCACUAGAAAAAUUAACAGGCGUCAAGCAACAACCCUUCUUCGCGUUUUAACCGAGAAAAGCGGAAAAGGCGGGAUAAACAAUCCCCCAAAUG